AUGGAGGCCCUGCAGCGGCAGCAGGCCCUGGAGCAGGACCUGAAGUGGGAGCUGGAGCAGGCGGCCGCGAGGAUGAGCGCCAGGGUUGAGCAGUGCCUCCUGUUUCGGGGCCUCAUGGAUGCGGCUUUCCAGAACCUGCAGGACGAUCAGGAAGCCUUGGCCAAGGAGCAGCUGAGGUCCCUGGUGUCCCGGUGCAGGACCGUGCUGCAGGGCGUCCCCGACAGGCUGCGGGGCUGCCUGCAGGAGCGGGACGCCCUGCAGCAGCGCGCGGACGAAGCCCUGCGAGCCAAGGAGGAGGGAGAUCGCUUUCUGGAGGCCUUCCGCUCCCACACCAGCACCGAGAUGGGCGCGUGGAAGCAGAGCCUGGCCUCCCAGAGAGAGCUGAGCACGCUGCUGGCACAGGCCAUCGACCUGCAGGCUUCUCUGGCUGCUGAGUCCCAAUCCUUCCGGAAAUUCAUAGAUGUUACCUUUGAAAAUCUGCAAGAGGAAAGGAGGUCCCUGGAUGAGGAGCGAGAGCAAGUGAGGUCCCUGGUGUCGUGGUGCCAGGUCAUGCUACAGAAUGUGCGCAGCAAGCUGCAGAGCUGCCUGCAGGAGUGGGAUGCCAUGAGGCAGCAAGCAGACGAAGCCCGUCAAGCCAAGGACGAGGCCUCCCGCAAGCUGGAGGAGACCAUGGGGGCCCUGAAUGACUCGAUGGCUCGGGUGGAGAAGCUCAGGGUGGCCGAGUCACGCCUCAGUGCAGACCUCAGCAGCCGCAUGAAGGAGCUGGCCGGCCUGCAGCAGGAGCGGGACGCGCUGCAGGAGGUGAACGAGGACUACAGGGAGGAGAUGGCCCAGUUGGCCAAGGAGAGGGACGCCCUGCAGCAGGAGCGCGACGGGCUCUGCCAGGGGCUGCAGGAGAAGACGGAGUGCUCCGAGUUCCUGGACCAGGAGAACCGCAUGCUCCGCUCGCAGCUCCUGGAGGCGGAGGCCAAGCUGACGUCCACGCUGGCUGCCCUGCAGGAGCGCAGUCGGCAGCAUGAGGAGCUCCAGGACUCGCACCGGUGCCUGAAGGAAGAGCACGCUGCGCUCCACAAGGAGCAGGAGAGCACCAAGGCCGAGCUCCAGGACCUGCAGCUCAGGAGGGUCAAAGUGUCUCAGUGCUCUGUAGACAUUGCUGAGAGCAAGCAGAGGCUGCAGGACCUCACUGACUGCCUCAGAGCUGCUUUGCAAGAGGAGGACAACAGCAGCCCCGUGAGAAACAGAGUGUGGACCCCGGCCCCACGCACGCCAGCCUGGCGGACACCGGGGCCCUGGCAGACGCCGCGCAGGGCCUGGACGCCCGCGUGCCGCACGCCCUACCGCGCCGGCGACUCCUUUGUGGGCAGCGUCUUAAAAGCAGCGUUGGGGAAAGAGCCCGAGGACGACCUGAUGGAGACCGCGAGGGAGCUGCGAAGCGCUGUCUCCAACCUCGACGUGCUGAGCGGCCGCGUGCAGGAGCUGGAGCAGAGCAAGUUCAGGGAGCUGCAGACUGAGAUCUCCAACCUGCAGCUGAGGCUGGAGCAGGUGACCACAGAGAGCCAGGAGAAGACGGACGCCCAGGCCACCACCAUUGCCAGGCUGAACAAGGCCUUGCAGGACAAGCUACAGAACACGAAGGAGCUGCAGGAUGUUGUGAAACAGCAGGAAGAGAAGAUGCUGCAACUCAUUGACAAUAGUGGGGAAGUCACGCGGCUGAAGGGGGAGGUCUCCGAGCUGAAGCACUUGUUCCAGCGCGCCGAGACGAAGGCCAAGGUGCUGUGGGAGGAACUGCAAGGGCAGGAGCCCACGGCAGACGCUGGGCGAGAGCUGCUGCGGCAGGAGGUGGACAAACUGCGGCUGCUGCUGCUGGAGAAAGAGGAGGAAAGCUCGCGGCUCUCCUCCAAGCACCUGGAGCAGAUCCGAGCCCUGAAGCUGCAGCUCUGCCACAUGCACAAGGAGCUGAGGAGCCACGAGGAGAUGAAGGAGAAGAUGAGAGAGGUCCUGUCCUCUGUCCCCGACGUGGCAGCGGGCUGCCAGGAGCUCCACAGCCUGCUCCGAUACCUGGGCCUGAGGCCGGCCAGCGGCAGCAGGGACACCGCUGACCCGCUAUAG